UAAGAUACUUCGUAGGAUGUAGGAAAUAGUAGUGAUGGAGGUUAUUCGAUUCGUUUUGCGUCGGUGGAAGUUUUUUGUGUUAUUUCACCUGUGAGAGUGCGGAUUCCUGUAGAUUCCCUGGCAUAGUUUUUGGCGGCUCAAAAUUAGCGGGAUGAAUCGAAAACCGUGAGUGCCGGUUACUCGGGGAAGAACACAUCGUAACCUCGAAAUUAUCCUAUUAUCAGUCGUGUUAUCAAAACAAAUUUUUCAUCGGAAAGAAAAUCUAAAUCUUGGUCACUGAAUGGGGGAGACUUUCUAAAAAGAUUUAUAAAGUGUUAUUGCGUUAUCGAAGAGAAAGAAGAAUUAAAUUCUGCGCAAAAUGAGAUCUGACAAUUCGAAGGCACCUCUCCGAAGUGUUAAGACAUUCCAAUUUAGCCUUCUAUCACCGGAUGAAAUUCGGAGUAUGUCCGUUACCGAUGGGGGCAUAUGCUUUCCUGAAACCUUUGAAGACGGUCGUCCUAAGCUUAGAGGGCUUAUGGACCCUAGACAAGGUGUCAUUGACAAGACUUCUAGAUGUCAAACGUGUGCUGGCAACAUAACAGACUGCCCUGGGCACUUCGGUCAUUUAGAACUAGCAAAACCUGUGUUCCACAUUGGUUACCUUAUGAAGAUAAUAAAAGUUCUCAGUUGCUUUUGUUUUUACUGCUCUAAACUUCUAGUGGACAAGCAUAACGCUAAACUGAGAGCAAUCAUUUCAAAGACCAAAGGUCUGCCUCGAAAACGUUUUACAUUCAUCUAUGAUCUUUGCAAAAGCCGAAAGUUGUGCGAGGGAGGAGAUGAAAUGGACCUUGAAAUAGAUGGGGACGCACCAAAUGGCCCUGGGAAAAAAUCAAAACAUGGCGGUUGCGGGAGGUACCAGCCAAGUUUCAAACGAUCUGGUUUGAACAUCUGUGCCGAAUGGAAAUUAACAAACAAGGAGUCCGAGGAAAAGAAGAUAAUGGUAACAGCUGAGAGAGCUUGGGAGAUCUUGAAGCACAUCACAAACGAAGAGUGCUCUAUUUUAGGCAUGGAUCCGAAAUUCGCUCGUCCCGAUUGGAUGAUAAUAACUGUUUUACCAGUUCCUCCUUUAACAGUUAGACCAGCAGUGGUAAUGUUCGGCUCUGCAAGAAGUCACGACGACCUAACCUUUAAACUAGCAGACAUAAUCAAAUCGAAUAAUGAACUUCUCAGAAACGAGCAAAACGGUUCUGCGACACAUAUCAUAUCGGAGAAUAUCAAUGCACUCCAAUUUCACGUUGCAACAUUGAUAGACAAUGAAAUUGCAGGAAUGCCAAGAGCGUUACAUAAAUCAGGGAAGCCCUUGAAAUCCCUGAAGGCAAGACUGAAAGGCAAGGAGGGUCGCAUUCGAGGAAACCUCAUGGGGAAGCGUGUUGAUUUUUCUGCACGCACAGUAAUUACACCAGAUCCAAAUCUACGCAUCGAUCAAAUUGGUGUACCAAGGAGUAUCGCCCAGAACCUCACGUUUCCAGAAACAGUUACUCCGUUCAACAUCGACAAGUUACAGGAACUCGUGAAGAGGGGCGACACUCAAUAUCCUGGAGCGAAGUAUGUCGUGAGGGACAAUGGAGAGAGGAUAGAUCUGAGGUUCCACCCCAGACCAUCGGAUCUCUACCUGCAAAACGGUUACAAGGUAGAGAGACACAUCAGAGACGGCGACCCAGUGAUAUUCAAUCGGCAGCCAACACUUCACAAGAUGAGCAUGAUGGGCCACCGAGUGAAGGUGUUACCCUGGAGUACUUUCCGGAUGAACCUGAGCUGCACUUCGCCAUACAAUGCAGACUUCGAUGGCGAUGAGAUGAAUAUGCACGUUCCUCAGUCCCUGGACACUCGAGCUGAAGUAGAAACCAUUCAUUUGACACCUCGACAGAUCAUCACUCCGCAGGCCAACAGACCUGUCAUGGGCAUCGUCCAGGACACGCUGACUGCUGUGAGGAAGAUGACGAAGAGAGAUGUGUUCCUCGAGAAAGAGCAGAUCAUGAACCUUCUGAUGUUCCUUCCCACCUGGGAUGGAAAGAUUCCACAGCCCUGUAUUCUUAAACCAAAGCCCCUCUGGACGGGCAAGCAGAUUUUCUCUCUGAUCAUCCCCGGGAACGUGAAUCUCAUCAGGACUCACAGUACUCAUCCUGACGGGGAGGACGAAGGUCCCUACAAGUGGAUCUCCCCAGGUGACACGAAGAUCAUGGUGGAGCACAGUGAGCUAGUGAUGGGGAUUUUGUGCAAGAAGACCCUGGGUGCUUCCGCAGGAUCCUUGCUUCACAUUUGCUCUCUGGAACUGGGCCAUGAAGUCUGUGGAAGGUUCUAUGGGAACAUUCAGACAAUGGUGGACAAUUGGCUCCUGCUGGAGGGCCACUCGAUUGGCAUCGGAGAUACCAUCGCUGACCCUCACACUUACCUAGAUAUACAGAAAACUAUUAAGAGGGCCAAGGAAGACGUUAUAGAAGUCAUUCAGAAGGCUCACAACAUGGAACUCGAGCCCACUCCUGGGAACACUCUGAGGCAAACAUUCGAAAAUCAAGUUAACAGGAUAUUGAACAACGCUCGUGACAAGACAGGAGGUUCGGCCAAGAAGUCACUUACGGAGUAUAACAAUUUGAAGGCCAUGGUGGUAGCAGGAUCGAAGGGGUCUAACAUCAACAUCUCCCAGGUCAUUGCCUGCGUAGGACAGCAGAAUGUCGAGGGCAAAAGGAUCCCUUUUGGAUUCCGUAAGCGGACUCUACCACAUUUUAUCAAGGACGAUUAUGGUCCUGAAUCCAGAGGCUUCGUGGAGAACUCUUAUCUGGCUGGGUUGACUCCUUCUGAAUUUUAUUUCCACGCCAUGGGAGGUCGGGAAGGCCUCAUCGACACUGCAGUUAAAACUGCAGAGACUGGUUAUAUACAACGACGUCUGAUGAAAGCCAUGGAGUCGGUGAUGGUGCACUACGAUGGAACUGUCAGGAACUCCGCAGGCCAGCUGAUCCAACUGCGUUAUGGCGAGGAUGGCCUUUGCGGCGAAGCCGUGGAGUUCCAGAGUUUACCUACCAUCAAAAUGAGCAACAAGGCCUUCGAGAGGAAAUUCAGGUUCGAUCCCAGCAACGAGAGGUACUUGAAGACUGUUUUCAGCGACGACGUCGUCCAGGAGAUUACAUCGUCCGGAGAGGUCAUGGUCCAAUUGGAACGGGAAUGGCACCAGCUGAUCAAGGAUCGGGAACUCCUUCGAGAAAUCUUCCCCAAGGGAGAAUCUAAGGUGGUUCUUCCAUGCAAUCUGCAGAGAAUGAUCUGGAACGUGCAGAAAAUAUUCCAUAUCAAUAAGAGGAACCCCACCGAUCUCAGCCUUGUUAGAAUUAUUCAAGGUGUCAAGGACUUGUUAGACAAAUGUGUCAUCGUAAACGGAGAGGAUCGGUUAAGCAAGCAAGCCAACGAGAAUGCAACAUUACUGUUUCAAUGUUUGGUGCGAUCAACAUUGUGCACUAAAUUGGUGUCCGAAGAGUUCAGGUUGACCAGCGAAGCCUUCGAGUGGCUCAUCGGUGAGAUUGAAACUAGGUUUCAGCAAGCGCAGGUUUCGCCAGGCGAGAUGGUCGGAGCGCUCGCAGCGCAAUCUCUCGGCGAGCCUGCGACUCAAAUGACUUUGAAUACGUUCCACUUCGCCGGAGUGUCUUCGAAAAACGUCACCCUGGGGGUGCCCCGCCUAAAGGAGAUCAUAAACAUCAGCAAGAGGCCAAAGGCUCCAUCCUUGACGGUCUUUUUAACCGGUCCAGCGGCGAGAGACGCCGAAAAAGCGAGGAACGUCCUCUGCCGAUUGGAGCACACGACGCUGAAGAAAGUCACGGCGAACACCGCCAUCUACUACGACCCAGACCCUCUGAACACGGUGGUGGCCGAGGACCAGGAGUUCGUAACCGUGUACUACGAGAUGCCGGAUUGCGACCCCAACAUGAUCUCUCCCUGGCUCCUGCGAAUCGAAUUAGACCGUAAAAAGAUGACCGACAAGAAGCUGACUAUGGAACAGAUCGCGGAAAGAAUCACUGCCGGCUUCGGUGCCGAUCUUCACUGCAUUUUCAACGACGACAACGCGGAGAAACUCGUGCUUCGCAUCAGGAUCAUGAAGGACAAGUUCCAGGAUGACGAGGACGAAGAAGCAGACACGAUGGGAGACGACAUGUUCCUUCGGUGCAUCGAAGCCAACAUGUUGAGCGACAUGACUCUUCAGGGAAUCGAGACUAUCAGCAAAGUGUACAUGCAUCUGCCGCAAACGGACUCGAAGAAGCGAGUGGUUAUCACCGAAACCGGGGAAUUUAAGGCCAUUGCUGAAUGGUUGCUGGAAACUGACGGCACCAGCUUGAUGAAGGUCCUCAGCGAGAGGAACGUCGAUCCGGUCAGGACGUUCAGCAACGAUGUCUGCGAGAUAUUUCAAGUACUGGGAAUCGAAGCUGUGCGAAAAUCCGUCGAGAAGGAGAUGAACGCUGUUCUGCAGUUUUAUGGGCUUUACGUGAAUUAUCGACACCUGGCGUUGCUCUGCGACGUGAUGACGGCGAAGGGACACCUAAUGGCUAUAACUCGUCAUGGGAUCAACAGACAAGACACGGGAGCACUCAUGAGGUGUACCUUCGAGGAGACGGUCGACGUCCUCCUGGAUGCUGCAUCUCACGCUGAGGUGGAUUUAAUGAAAGGUGUCUCUGAAAAGAUCAUCAUGGGACAAUUGCCGCGCAUUGGGACAGGGUGUUUCGAUUUGCUGCUGGACGCGGAAAAGUGCAAAUACGGCAUGGAGAUUCCGAUGGUAGUCGGUGGAUGCCUUAUGGGAGGUGCUGGGAUGUUUUUCGGUAGUGCCGCAACACCAUCCAUGAGUCCUGAAAAGCCAUCUUCGGGUACAUCGGAAAGAACCGAAAAUUGGGAUGCAAAUGGAGGGACCGAAAGUUGGGACGAACCGGGAGGGACUGAAAAUUGGGACGUCACCUGCGCGUCACCAGAUCUUGAGAGCAGCCUCUCACCGGACCGAGCUUGUUUCUCGCCAUCGAACUCGUCGGACUCUUCGGGCCUGUCGCCGUCCCAUUCGAUUUCCUCGAUGCAAUUCGGAAGUCCCAGAGGACUAAACCCCAACACGAGUCCGCUUUUCUCGCCGGAAGUUUCACCGAGGAAAUAUCUACUACACUCGCCAAGCCCGCCAGAUUAUGCCCUAUUGUCGCCGAGCGCAACUAAUUCGCCGACAAGUCCUAAUUACUUGCUUAAGAGUCCAAGCUGGUCGCCGACUACUCCCAGUUAUUCCCCGACGAGCCCGAUAUACCAACCCUCAAGUCCCAGCUACUCACCGACUAGUCCGAGUUAUUCCCCCACGAGUCCGAGCUACUCCCCCACGAGUCCGAGUUACUCCCCCACAAGUCCGAGUUACUCCCCCACGAGUCCAAGUUACUCCCCCACAAGUCCGAGCUACUCUCCAACAAGUCUAAAGUAUUCUCCAACCAGUCCAAGCUAUGCUCCAUCGAGUCCGAACUACUCGCCGACAAGUCCCAGCUAUUUGGCAGCCAGUCCCAGUUAUUCCCCGACUAGUCCCAAUUGCUCACCGACGAGUCCCAGGUAUUCCCCGACCAGUCCCAAUUAUUCCCCGACUAGUCCCAGCCGCUCGCAGACUGGUCAUUAUUCACCGACCAGUCCCUCUCAUUUGUCCAUCAGUCCCAGUUAUUCACCGACUAGUCCCAGGUACUCCCCGACCAGUCCGAUUUACUUGGCAAGUCCGACCUACUCAUCCAAUAGUCCCAGUUAUUCCUCGAGCUCGCCGAACUCCAUCUCUCCUACUUACUCGCCGACUGGCUCGGCUUAUUCCCCGAGCUCGCCGAAAUACUCACCGAUCAAUUCCCUCGGCUCGGCGGAUAGUCCGAAGUAUUCAGAUAUUUCCGACUAUUCUCAAGCCAGUCCUCCGUACGUGCCGGUCUAUCCCGAUUUAUCCGGAUGUUUGACCGAUUAUGUCCCGAAUAGUCCCGAUUUCUCGUCGAUCAGUCCGAGCUACUCGCCGAGUAGUCCAUCUUGUUCCUACAACUCUCUACAAGUCGUUAAGAGUGAACACGUAAACGGUCCUAGCUACUCACCUUCAAGUCCUACUCAUUCAUUGAGUAGCUGCCAAUUUUCCGUGGAAGACGUUAAAUACUCGCCGACUAGUCCUACUCGUACUUGUACGAAUUUUUCAUACUUCCCUCCCUGUUUGAACGACUCGUUUUCGGUUACCAAGUAUCCCCCUGACGAGUCUACUCACUCUAUCUCUUAAGAACUAUUUACUGCG